CCCAGAGUAUCAGCGACUUUGUGUAUAACACCGCAAACACAUCGCACUGGAACAGUAGCUGAACUUGCUUGCCUUGGCGUUGCUAUACUCGCUCCUCUAAACCAUCGAUUUUUACAGCGUGUACCAGAGCCUUAACGGCUCUUUAAUCUUUCAUCAGAUUCCAUUAUUGCAAGACAGGGUAGGCCAGAAUGAACGGGCAAACAGAGCCCAAGUGGGACUUCCUAAAGGGUAGUGGCCCCUCAAGUGCUCUAUACUACUACGCUCCUCUUCAAAAAGAAGGAGCUUUCAAGCCUGGUUGGAACACGAAGCGGCCGCAAGCCGUUAUUCGGCAAGACGCUGAAAGAAAGGACUUCGAUGCUUACAAGGAACAACGCAAUGCAGCGUGCGGCCAACUACGCAGCGAGCGAUUAGGCGAAGUGCUAGGAAAGAACCGCUUCAACCCCAUCUCCCACCAGGCGCACGGGUCAGACGGCGCGUGGGCUCCCGCUACGGACGCCUGGCAGCACCAGCGACUGGGCAUCCGAGCCCAGGAGCCUCGCAAUGCCGCUUCCGACACGCUGCGGCAGCAGGGCGAGACGGCGCGGCGCAACAUCAGUGUGACGGAGCUGCGGAAGGAGCGCAUUGCACACGGAGGCCUGUCCAGCCACCCCGGGGGAACCAUGAAGGAAGUGCUCACCUGGGGUGGGCAAUAGCAGCAUGACUGAAAGGAGGAGGAGAUGGAGGAAUGGGAGGAACAGCAGCAGCCCGGGCCGGGCGGAGCAGGGGGGAUGGGGACAGCAGCGGCAGCAGUAGCGGCAGCCGUUCAGGGAUGGAGGGAGAUUGGACGAGCCGUACCCAGGCCGCUCGUGAUUAGCAGGUUGUUGCAGGAGGCGCCGCGAUCAGCAGGAGCUGCAGCAGGAGGUGCGUCCAGCCAUGCAGGACCUAGUACGGGCCUCCGAAUUCGCUUUCCAUGCUGGGUAGCCGUACAUACAAGGUCGGGCUCAGCCGAUAGUUGGCUGCGGCGGGAUGGGCUCGGGUGUAUUUUGCUUGUAGGAGCAUGGAGGGGCUUCCUACGUGCAGGGUCAUGGGUCGAGGUGGUUACUGACAAUGCGGCAGGGGUAUUGGCCUGUUGGCCCCUGGCGGCGUGCGCCCCCAGGAACAAGGAGUAUAGUCCUCCUGCAGUGCGUCUUAGCUAGGGCGGUGGGCUGAUGAUGUGAUGUGAAGAUCCGGUGGUCCUGGUGGAUCUGAUGGGGGUUCUGGCUGGGUGGUGUAUUGGCUAAUGCUUCUCCUUCUGCUGGACUGGGGCUUCGUGGCCGAAGCAGGUGGGCUGCUGGUCAGCUGCGAAUGUAGAUAUAUCCAAAGGGAGCUCUUGUAUGUGGGCAUACGGGUUCUCGUGUGUAGGGUGUUGGCCGGUGUACCUAACUGGCUAUCAUUUGACGAAUGACGACCGAUGCAUGCAUGUUUCCUUGACGUGUUUCCCUUGGGCAGGUUACCAAGUAACGGUGUAGUUACCAAGGAAGCCCCCUGUCUGUCGCGCGGGGGUUUCAGCGGGACGGCAAAACACCACAAUCGUGAUAAUUGACAAAGAUGGCCUUUUCCUGUGUGUCGCAAAGGACUCCUGAUUCAUAUUCCAUGACUUAAACACAACAAAUACAUAUUGAAUGCUCUUGCAGGCGUGCGUGUGGUAUUUAGCCGCUUGCGGCGCUCGGUUUCCUGUGGCAGGGUUGGUACCACUGCUGUCCUUCCGCUUGUGAAAAGGAAAGGAAGGUGGUGGGGAAUUGUGUAUUUCGGGGCGCCUGUAGUAUAUGUACAUUCUGUUUGUGAGCCCCGUGUGCUGGGGCCAGGACAGGUGGCCUACCAGACAACACCUCGCCUGCGCACGCAGGGAACUCCCUUUAUUGUACUGCUUGCAAAGCGUGCGUUUCAGUGUGCUAGGCAUGAAGGUUGUAUAAUGAAAGGACGUCCGACAAAUUACCAAGCUAUGUAACAUGCCUACAGA